GAAAUAAUAUUUUUUUCUUAGACAAAUUGUAUCUUCUCUGUGUAAUAAAAUCCAGAUGGUUUCAGUGUAUCAGUUUUGUAGCCAAUCACCGUCUCCGCGACCUCCCACAUCCCUCCCGUUAAACUCCGUCAGGGCGCGGGUCCGUAACUUCCCAACUUCACUACCAACAUCCCAGCGAUUCUCAUUCAUACGAGUCCGCUCCCAGUUUACACGAGCUGAAUGUGUAUCUGCUGAUGAAAAUGACGUGGGAUAAAAUAGCGGUUUUCUUUCUGAAACUAUCCUGGACACUUUAUCAUGUUACAGCCAUUGAAAGACAAGACAUGUAUCCAUACGGGCUGUUUUACGGCGAUGUUACUCUGCAGGAAGGAGACGAUGAGACCUCCAAAGUGAUCUAUCUCACCAAACCUAUGUACUUCUAUGAGUCGUCCUUCGACAAUUUAUAUGUGGCCACCAAUGGAAUCAUCUCAACUCAGGAUCUUCCCAUGGAGAAACAGUACGUGGACGACGGCUUCCCCACUGACUUCCCUGUCAUCGCCCCCUUCCUGGCUGACAUUGACACCAGUAAGGGAAAAGGAUUCAUCUACUACAGGCAGACGGAGUCCCCUACCGUGCUUGAGCGGGCGGAGGCGGAUGUGAAGAAAGGCUUUCCAGACGCAGUCUUCACCCCUAGCCAUGCCUUUAUCGCCACCUGGGUGAAUGUGUCCGCAUAUGAGGAAGUUUCCCGCAGCUCUAGUCCAUCCAAUCGGGUGAACACGUUCCAAGUGGUUAUUGCAUACAAUGAGAAAGAUACAUACGCUCUCUUCCUGUACCCAGAAGAUGGAUUGCAGUUUUAUGGGACUCGACCUAAAGAAUCAUACAACGUUGAAAUUGAGCUUCCAGCACGUGUGGGGUUCAGCAGAGGAGAGCUCUCCUUCUUAUUUUUCUCACGAACGGAGGGUCCUUACUACAGCGUCACCACCAAUGAGCAGUCCAUCAAGAACCUUUAUCAGAUAGGAAAUACAGGAAUGCCAGGAGUUUGGCUCUUCCACAUUGGAAACAGAGACUCCUUCCAGAAUGUUGUUUCUCCACAUCAUGAGGCAGUUUCAUCCAAAGCUCCCCCCGUUUUGGAUCCAGAGUUCCCCGAUGAAGAGUACACAGAUGAGGAUGAGGAGGAAUACCAUCCAGACUUCCAGGACCCCACUACAACAGAAUUUAUUGAGCCAGAGCGGGACACAUCUUUAUUGGAAGAUCUCAACCAGCAGACAUCACUUGAUAAUUCUCAUCUUGAGCCUUCAGUAUCUGGUCCAGAAGAUGUCCCCGAGCCGGAGCACCAUAAUUUACCCUCGGAGGACGUGACCCAGCCGCAGCGGCCGCAUCCAAAACAUGCAAUCCUGCAGGUGUACCCAAACCGUGUGAAGGAUGUCCCACCACACACCUCUGGUGUUCAAGUAUUCAGUGUUGAUGAGAAAGUCGACUUUGAGACUGGAGUGAUCCAGUAUUCCACUGAUAAUAAGGAGACCUGCGAACGCUUCCAAACGCAGUGUAGUCAGAACGCACAUUGUACAGAUUUUUCUACUGGUUUCUGCUGUGAAUGCAACUCAGGAUUCUAUGGGAAUGGUCGCCAUUGCCUGCCAAACGGUGCACCUCAUCGAGUGAACGGAAAGGUCAGGGGGACUUUAACGGUGGGCGGCACUCCGGUGCAGCUGGACAGUAUCGACCUGCACGCUUACAUCGUGGUGGGUGAUGGACGGGCGUACACCGCAAUCAGUGAGGUCCCAGAGCCGGUCGGGUGGGCCCUCAUGCCCGUAGCCCCCAUCGGAGGUCUGUUCGGUUGGCUAUUUGCCCUGGAGCUGCCUAACAGCCAUAAUGGCUUCAGUAUCACCGGUGCUGAAUUUACUCGCCGAGCCGAUGUGACCUUCUAUCCCGGUAACCAGCGGCUCAGUAUCGUCCAGACGGCCAUGGGUUUGGACACCCAGAAUUACCUCAACGUGGACACUCAUUUAGAGGGCAGCGUACCCUUCAUCCCUCCUGAUUCCACCGUGCAAAUGGAGCCAUUUAAAGACACCUACCAGUAUUACCCUUCAUUGAUAACCUCCACGUCGGCGCGUGAGUUUACAGUCGUGUCUGCAGAGAAUGGAGCAGAGACCUUUACUCUCCAGAUCAAACAGAACGUCACAUACAGAGAUUGCACUCACGGACCACGCAGCAAUCUCGAAACGCAGGAGUUGAGAAUCGAGCGCAUAUUUGCAUUGUUCGCCAAAGAGGAGCGCAUCCUUCGAUAUGCUAUAACCAACAAGAUCGGUCCUGUGGGAGCUGGAGACCCAGAGCCAGAAAACUUAAACCCCUGUUACACUGGAAAUCAUGAUUGUGAUACAACAGCGCAGUGCGUGCCAGGCGAUGGACAGGUGUUCACGUGCCAAUGCGCCACAGGUUACAGAGGAGACGGUCGCAACUGUUACGAUAUCGAUGAGUGUGCAGAAGGUCUGAGCUCCUGCGGCCCUCAUUCGCAAUGUGUCAACCUGCCCGGAAGCCAUCGCUGUCUGUGUGAAAGUGGAUUUGAAUUUGGAUUUGAUGGACGAACAUGUCAGGAUGUAGACGAGUGUCGCAACCAUCCGUGCCAUGACCAGGCCUUGUGCUCCAACGCUCCAGGAUCUUUCUAUUGCCAGUGUCAACCCGGAUUCCACGGUGAUGGCUUCCAGUGCUAUCCUCAGAACGGAGGUCGCCCCAAGACCCAGUGUGAGCACCACAGAGACAGUGUUCAGGGUGGAUCAGGUGGUGUUUCUUUGGUAGGAGCCUUCAUCCCUCAGUGCGAUGAUGAGGGUCAGUACAGACCACUGCAGUGUCACGGGUCCACAGGUCACUGCUGGUGUGUGGACACUACGGGUCAGGAGAGAGAGGGCACUCGAACUCCACCAGGAAGCCCACCGAGAAACUGUGAUGAGCCGGUUCAUCCUAUUCGUCCCAAGACCCAGUGUGAGCACCAUAGAGACAGUGUUCAGGGUGAAACAGGUGGUGUUCCUUUAAUAGGAGCCUUCAUCCCUCAGUGUGAUGAUGAGGGUCAGUACACACCGCUGCAGUGUCACGGGUCCACAGGUCACUGCUGGUGCGUGGACAGUACGGGUCAGGAGAGAGCGGGCACUCGCACUCCGCCUGGAAGCCCACAGAGAAACUGUGAUGAGCCGGUUCAUCCUAUUCGUCCCAAGACCCAGUGUGAACAUCACAGAGACAGUGUUAAAAGUGAAACAGAAGGUGUUCCUUUAGUAGGAGCCUUCAUCCCUCAGUGUGAUGAUGAGGGUCGGUACACACCGAUGCAGUGUCACGGGUCCACAGGUCACUGCUGGUGUGUGGACAGUACAGGUCAGGAGAGAGAGGGCACUCGCACUCCACCCGGAAGCCCACAGAGAAACUGUGAUGAGCCGGUUCAACCUAUUCGUCCCAAGACCCAGUGUGAGCACCAUAGAGACAGUGUUCAGGGUGGAACAGGUGGUGUUCCAGGAGCCUUCAUCCCUCAGUGUGAUGAUGAGGGUCAGUACACACCGCUGCAGUGUCACGGGUCCACAGGUCACUGUUGGUGUGUGGACACUACGGGUCAGGAGAGAGCGGGCACUCGCACUCCGCCUGGAAGUCCACGGAGAAACUGUGAUGAGCCGGUUCAUCCUAUUCGUCCCAAGACCCAGUGUGAGCACCAUAGAGACAGUGUUCAGGGUGGAACAGGUGGUGUUCCAGGAGCCUUCAUCCCUCAGUGUGAUGAUGAGGGUCAGUACACACCGCUGCAGUGUCAUGGGUCCACAGGUCACUGCUGGUGUGUGGACACUACAGGUCAGGAGAGAGUGGGCACUCGCACUCCGCCCGGAAGCCCACGGAAAAACUGUGAUGAGCCGGUUCAUCCUAUUCGUCCCAAGACCCAGUGUGAGCACCAUAGAGACAGUGUUCAGGGUGGAAGAGAUGGUCUUCCUUUAGUAGGAGCCUUCAUCCCUCAGUGUGAUGAUGAGGGUCAGUACACACCGAUGCAGUGUCACGGGUCCACAGGUCACUGCUGGUGUGUGGACAGUACGGGUCAGGAGAGAGCGGGCACUCGCACUCCACCCGGAAGCCCACAGAGAAACUGUGAUGAGCCGGUUCAUCCUAUUCGUCCUAAGACCCAGUGUGAGCACCAUAGAGACAGUGUUCAGGGUGGAACAGGUGGUGUUCCAGGAGCCUUCGUCCCUCAGUGUGAUGAUGAGGGUCAGUACAGACCGCUGCAGUGUCAUGGGUCCACAGGUCACUGCUGGUGUGUGGACACUACUGGUCAGGAGAGAGAGGGCACUCGCACUCCGGCCGGAAGCCCACCGAGAAACUGUGAUGAGCCGGUUCAUCCAAUUCGUCCCAAGACCCAGUGUGAGCACCACAGAGACAGUGUUCAGGGUGAAACAGGUGGUGUGCCUUUAAUAGGAGCCUUUGUCCCUCAGUGUGAUGAUGAGGGUCAGUACACACCGAUGCAGUGUCACGGGUCCACAGGUCACUGCUGGUGUGUGGACACUACGGGUCAGGAGAGAGCGGGCACUCGCACUCCGCCUGGAAGUCCACGGAGAAACUGUGAUGAGCCGGUUCAUCCUAUUCGUCCCAAGACCCAGUGUGAACAUCAUAGAGACAGUGUUCAGGGUGGAACAGAUGGUCUUCCUUUAGUAGGAGCCUUCAUCCCUCAGUGUGAUGAUGAGGGUCAGUACACACCGAUGCAGUGUCACGGGUCCACAGGUCACUGCUGGUGUGUGGACAGUACGGGUCAGGAGAGAGCGGGCACUCGCACUCCGCCCGGAAGUGCACGGAGAAACUGUGAUGAGCCGGUAAUUGUGCCACCCACCCAGCGUCCAGAGACGGUCUGCGAGCGUUGGAGAGCCAGUCUAUUGGAGCACUACGGAGGUCAACCUGAUUCUCAACGCUAUCUGCCACAGUGUGACUCUGCUGGUGAGUUCAACCCACUGCAGUGCUACGGAGACAGCACCUACUGCUGGUGUGUGGACCGAGACGGACGUGAGGUACCUGGAACCCGCUCACACGAUGCCGUGAAACCUGCCUGUAUACCUACAGUGGCCCCUCCCACUGUGCACCCUUUGCCACGCCCAGAUGUGACCCCGCCCCCAACAGGCACAUCCCUCCUCUAUGCACAGGGUCAGCAGAUCGGAGUUUUGCCUCUUAAUGGCACACAGAUGGACAAGCAGAGGUCUUCAGUGUUGCUUGCUCUACAUGGCUCUAUAGUGGUCGGCAUCGAUUACGACUGCAGGGAGAGAAAAGUGUAUUGGACAGAUCUGGCAGGGAGGACCAUCAAUCGGGCUGGUCUGGAGUCAGGAUCAGAACCUGAGAUUAUCAUCAACACAGGUCUGACGAGUCCAGAAGGACUUGCUGUAGAUGUUGCACGCAGGAAACUGUUUUGGGUGGACAGCACACCAGAUAAGAUCGAAACAUCAAAUCUAGAUGGAAGUGAUAGACGAGUUUUAUUUGACACCGAUUUGGUCAACCCUAGAGCCAUCAUCGUAGACUCUCCUACAGGAACCCUCUACUGGACCGACUGGAAUAGAGAAUCUCCUAAAAUCGAAAGUUCCACUGUGGAUGGGCACAACCGACGAGUUCUGGUGCGGGAUGGCAUCGGAUUGCCCAACGCUUUGAUUUAUGACACCACCACACGACAGGUCUGCUGGGCCGAUGCAGGAACCAAGCGGCUAGAAUGUAUAUCACCGAAUGGGACUGGCAGACGUGUGAUACACAGUAAUCUAAACUACCCAUUCAGCAUGGUGUCCUUUGCCAAUCACUACUAUUACACAGACUGGAGGAGGGAUGGAGUUAUUAGUCUUGGACGUGACAGUCAGUUUACAGAUGAGUUCCUACCUGAUCAGAGAUCUCAUCUGUAUGGAAUUACAGUUGCUCCUCCGCACUGUUUAUAAGGGAGAUGCUAAUGAAAGAGCCAAUAUUACAUGGUGCUAUUUUAGGCAAGUCAUGAAGUGCUUGCGGGCUGUGGGAAUCUCAGCGGAGAUGAAAGAAGAGAAUCCCAAGUUUCAUCAAAUGUGCAAAUUUACAAACGUGAACAUGAAUAUUUUUUUUUUCAAAAUAGUUUUGUAAAUUUGUUUUAUACCUCAUUUCUUUCUACUGUACUUUUGUAUGUGACUUUUUGUUAAAAAAAAUAAUAAAACCAAAAACAUAA